UGCAAUGCCAAAACAAGAAAACAAAGUUGUAUUGUGACAAUUUCCCUAAACAAAGCUUUUUUGAAGUGUCAACUAACGGUCAAACGAACGGAAAGUUGACGAUUUGGAUAUUAAAUUGUUUUCGAAAAGGUUUGACUAUUAUAUUGUUUAAAAUGAAAGGUUUGGAUAUUAAAUUGUAUUUACCCAUAAAAAAUAUAGAGUAUUUUGUUAUAUCAUGAUACUGACACAAGCUUUUUGUUGCAUUUUAAAUUUUUGCGAUCAUUUUAUUACAUACAAACCUGACAAUUUUGCAUGGUCCAUGAAACCGUACCGUACCGGCGAUUCAACUAUAAAAUACCAGUAUCGGAGGCUAAACUGAUAGGCGGUAUUUAACGGUACUAACGGUUGAACUACGAUUAACGGUUUUAUCAUAAAAUGCUCUAUCGCUGACUUUUCCGGUACGGUUUCAUGAACCAUGCAAUUUUCAUCAAUUAACCAAAUAAAAUUUAAUUGGUUAUUCAAGCAAUUGAGGCGGAUUAGACUUGAGUCCACUUUCUGAAACAGGCCCGGUCAGGCUCUUAACCUUAUUGGCCCAAUUGCGGCCUAAUCUGCCCCACCGCUUAUCUUCCCUCAUCAAAGCCCAAGCCGCGCCCACCUUUUCUUUCUUCUCAAUUAGCCGCCGGAACCUCGUCUAGGAAUGGCAAAAAUAUCCGUAAUCGUGGAUAUCCGCCCGAACCCGGCCUAAUUGGGUAGGGUAAAACCCAAACCCGAAGGACCUUUAGUGGGUACGGGUAAAACCCGAACCCGAAUAUUGCGGGUAAUGGGUGGGCAUGGGUUUCUCAGUAUCCAACCCGAACCCGCCCGAUUAUACACAUACAUAUGUAUUUUGUAUAGAAAUAGUUAUUAUUUUUCUCUAACAUAUUUUAUAUUUAGCAUAUAAAUAUAAUAUUUUCAUGAAAUUGUGUUGUUUUAACUAAUUUUCUUCGUUCUAGUGAAUUAUUUUCAUACUUUUCCUUUUGCGUAAUGUGAGAAUACGUGUGAAUGUUAACAUAUUAGUUGGAGUUAUGACGAUAAAUCAUUACCCAUGGAUAAACGUGGAUACCCGAAACCCGAACGGGUAUGGGCAUGGUUUUAAUUUUCUACCCGUUUCAUAUGUGGGUAUGGGUAUGGACAAAACCCGAACUACUUUGGAUAGGAUAAUGGACAUGCACUAUCCGUCCCCGACCCGACCCGACACAUUGCCAUCCCUAACCUCGUCCUCCAGUCCUUGGCGAGAACUCCAUUACCAGUUACUAGUACCACAGAGAAGCUGCAAAACAGCGUCGUACUGAAAGAAGGUUUCACGCACUGCUCUCUCGCUUCCUUCAUCCCCGUCAGUCGGCAUCCUUCGUUGUUGUAGGUUAUUGUCGGUCCAAUUCAAUCACAUCCCGUAAAAGGAUUUCCCCAAUUCCAAUCGGGUUCCUUCGUUUCUUCAAAGCUUUAGGGUUUCAAAGGGGGGCGCACCAGAGGUCCAGGGCAAUCUAGGAUUCACCGGGCGAACGAAGUGCCGUUGGCUUGAAUAAGAAAGUUCGGCGAGGGGGAAUCGAAAUUCUGCGAGGUAGGGUUUUUUUUUUGUAUCGGCGAAGAAGCUAUGUCGCGGAGGAGACAUGACGAAGAUGAGGACGAGAUUGAGGAUGAAGAGUACGAGGACCAGGACGAUCAGCUGAUUGACGAUGAAGAGUACGACGACGAUAUGGAGAAACGGGGAAGUUCGAGCAACAGGAAGCGGUCGCGAUCGAGUUUCAUCGAUGAUGCGGCGGAGGAGGACGAGGAGGAGGAGGAGGAGGAAGACGACGACGAUGAGGACUAUGGAGGUGGUGGUGGUGCGAGCAAGAAGCGCAAGACUGCUAGAAAGGGCGCUUCUUUCUUUGAUCUGGAGGCUCAAGUGGAUACCGACGAAGAUGAAGAUGAUGAAGACGGCGGAGAAGAUGACUUCAUUGUUGAUGGUGGAGCUGAUUUACCUGAGGAGGAUGAUGGUAGACGAGUUCACCGUAGGCCAUUGCUCUCUCGGGAAGAUGAUGGUGAAGAUGUGGAUGAAAUUUAUAGAAGAAUUCAGGAAAGAUAUUCAAGAACUUCUCAGGGUGAAUAUGAUGAAGAGACUACAGAUGUAGAACAACAGGCUCUCUUGCCUUCUGUACGAGAUACAAAGUUUUGGAUGGUGAAAUGUGCGAUUGGGCGUGAACGAGAGACAGCAGUCUGCCUCAUGCAGAAGUGCAUUGAUCGAGGUCCUGAGAUGCAAAUUACGUCUGUUGUUGCCCUUGAUCAUCUCAAGAAUUAUAUAUAUAUUGAAGCCCACAAAGAAUCCCAUGUCAGGGAGGCAUGCAAAGGACUUCGGAAUAUAUUUGUUUCUUCGAAACCUAUGCUUGUCCCAAUCAAAGAAAUGACGGAUGUCCUUUCUGUUGAAAGCAAAGCAAUUGACCUUGCAAGGGAUACUUGGGUCAGAAUGAAGAUAGGAAAUUACAAGGGGGACUUAGCCAAAGUAGUUGAUGUGGAUAACGUGAAGCAGAGAGUCACGGUGAAGUUAAUUCCCAGAAUUGACUUGCAGGCUCUUGCAAGUAAACUGGACGGCCGAGCAGUCGCAGAAAAGAAGGGAAUUAAGCCUGCUCCUCGCUUUAUGAAUUAUGAUGAAGCUAGGGAACUUAACAUUCGCGUAGAGCGGAGAAGAGAUCCAAUGACGGGGGACUAUUUCGAGAGUAUCGAGGGCAUGUUGUUCAAAGAUGGUUUCUUGUACAAAACUGUGUCAAUGAAAUCCAUUACUGCUGCGAACAUUAAGCCAAGUUUUGAUGAACUUGAGAAGUUCCAUAAACCGGGAGAACAUGGUGAUGAUGAUAUGGCCAGCUUGUCAACUUUAUUUGCAAACCGGAAGAAAGGACACUUCUUGAAGGGUGAUGCAGUUAUCAUUGUCAAAGGAGAUUUAAAGAACCUUAAAGGAUGGGUUGAGAAAGUUGAGGAAGAUAGUGUACAUAUCAGACCGGAGGAGAAGGGUCUUCCUAAAACACUUACAGUACAUGAGAAGGAGCUCUGCAAGUAUUUUGAACCGGGUAAUCAUGUUAAGGUUGUAUCUGGCAGUCAAACAGGUGCAACUGGCAUGGUUGUCAAGGUUGAGCAACAUGUGCUCAUUAUUCUGUCGGAUACAACCAAGGAACAUAUGCGUGUAUUUGCUGACGAUGUUGUUGAAAGCUCAGAAGUGACUACUGGUGUUACCAAAAUCGGAGACUAUGAGCUUCAUGAUCUUGUUUUGCUGGAUAAUAUGAGUUUUGGUGUCAUAAUACGUGUGGAAAGUGAAGCCUUUCAGGUUCUCAAAGGAGUUCCAGAGAGAUCAGAAGUGUCGCUUGUAAGAUUGAGAGAGAUCAAAAGCAAGAUAGAAAGGAAGUCGAAUGUACAAGAUAGAUAUGGAAGUACAAUAUCCGUAAAAGAUGUUGUUAAAGUGCUUGAUGGUCCUUGCAAGGGGAAGCAGGGUCCUGUUGAGCACAUAUACAGGGGAAUAUUAUUCAUCCAUGAUCGUCACCACCUUGAACAUGCCGGAUUCAUUUGUGUUAAAUCCCAAACUUGCGGUCUUGUUGGAGGAUCACGUUCCAUUGGUGAUAGAAAUGGUAAUGCAUACUCAGGGUAUGGUAAUCUUAAAAACACUCCUCGAAUACCCCCUUCACCUCGGAGAUUUCAACGAGGAGGUCCUCCUUUUGAGUUUGGUGGAAGGGGUAGAGGUGGUAGGGGAGGACAUGAUGCCUUGAUAGGUACCACCAUCAAGAUACGGCAGGGACCUUUCAAAGGCUACCGUGGACGUGUGAAAGACAUUAAAGGUCAAUCAGUUCGAGUUGAGUUAGAGUCUCAAAUGAAGGUGGUGACAGUUGAUCGCAGUUGUAUUUCUGACAACGUGGUGGUGGUUUCCACCCCAUACCGUGAUUCAAGUCGAUAUGGCAUGGGAAGUGAAACCCCCAUGCAUCCUUCUCGGACUCCGUUGCAUCCUUACAUGACGCCUAUGAGAGACUCUGGUGCUACACCUAUUCACGAUGGCAUGAGAACACCUAUGCGCGACCGGGCGUGGAAUCCUUAUGCACCAAUGAGUCCUCCGAGGGAUAACUGGGAAGAUGGAAAUCCUGGAUCUUGGGGUACUAGUCCCCAGUAUCAGCGAGGUAGCACUCCGUCGAGAGUGUACGAAGCGCCUACCCCUGGUGGCAAUUAUAGUGAUACUGGAACGCCAAGAGACAGCAGUUCUGCUUAUGCCAAUGCUCCUAGCCCGUACAUGCCUUCGACUCCUGGGCAGCCUAUGACACCUGGCUCAACAGCCUAUCUUCCUGGGACUCCUGGGGGGCAGCCAAUGACGCCUGGCACUGGUGGUUUGGAUAUCAUGUCUCCUGUUUUAGACAACGAAGGAGGGAGUUUGAUGCCAGAGAUAUUGGUGAAUGUACAUAGAGGUGAUGAAUCCCUAGUAGGUGUCGUCCGAGAGGUGCAUCCGGAUGGAAUGUGCAAGAUAGGGUUAGUAGGGAAUGGUGAUAUGGUGACGGCGAUGGCAAGCGAUGUGGAGAUCGUGGGGCCGAGGAAAUCGGACAAGGUGAAGAUAAUGGGGGGAGCACAUCGAGGAUCGACUGGGAAGUUGAUCGGGGUGGAUGGUACGGAUGGAAUUGUAAAAUUAGAUGACACUCUUGACGUUGUGAUUCUAGACAUGGUUAUACUAGCCAAGUUAGCCUGAGCAUCAGCAAGUCUCUUUUUUUGUUCCACCUUAUAGUGCUUUUUAGAUGUUUUUUAUUCUUGUAAAAUCUGGUCAAAGAAAAUAUGUGUUUCAACUCUGUUCCUUGACGUUAUGUCGAUUUCAUCUUUCAAUGCUUGGUGAAUAAAACACCUAUUGGAAAUUAUUGCUGCGGCAUUUGGAUUUCCGAUCCGAGUAGAACCAAAUCCAUCUGGGCUAGUCGGAAGAAUAUUCAUCGGUUCUACAAGCUUAUUCAUAUAUAAGUGUUUUUGUUUGUACGUAAAAGCAAGUUUGUCAAAUAUGGUUAUUUGUCGAUUUAGUAAGUGACAUGGUUCGAUUGGAGUUUGAUUUGUUUAUGUUGGUUUCAAUAUACUGGUUUCAAUAUACUAUAUUUGAAAAGUAAAAAUUGUUAGCAUCAAACAUAUAUAACAUUAUCUCAUACUAUUUCUCUACAAUCCACGUUCGUAUUUGAAGAAAAUGCAACAUUUGUAAUGACAAAUUUUCAUAUUUAAAUGCAAGUUUUAACGUCAACAUCAAAAUUGUUUAUAUUUAAAUACAAUAAAUAAGACCAACAUUCAAAUUUAAAUAAAUUACAAUAUAACGA